ACAAAGUGUCCCCCCAGUGUCCUGGUUCCCAGCCCUCUUUGCCAAUUCCUGCCCCAUCAGCUUUGGUUGGGAGGAUAUAUAAAACCAGCAGAAUUUCUCGGUGGGGCCACGGCAAGACACAGACUGAGUCAGAAGAAUGGGAAGACCAGCCAGGAGAGGUGCCGGCAUGGCGAUGCUCCGCACCCUGAGCAUCCUCCUGAGCCUCCUGGUCGCGGCUCACAGCACCAGGUCACCGGACUGUGGCGGCAUCCUCACCCCCUCUGGGCUGAGAUACCUUGCUGAGGUUUCAAAGCCACAUGCAGAGUCGGUUCUCAGGAGAGACCUCUUGGCCUCGCCAGCCCCAGAGCCAUCUUCUGCCUCCCCAAGUAGCAGGAGCCAAAUUACCUCUGUCAAAGUUGACAAGUUUUCCCUGACCCUGGUCCCCGACACCGGGAUGCGGCUGAGCAUCGAGGUGGACCUUGGCAUCACAUCUGCCCUCUCAACCAGCAAGGAGGUGAGGCUGUCCAUCUUGGCAGACCUCCACGUGGAGAUGAACCCCGAAGGGAACCUGGAGCUGGUGACCUCUGACUGCAAACCCACCCUGGAGGAGGUGCAGAGCACCGAGGACAUGGACAGCAAGUCCUCUGGAUCAGAAGUGGACAAGCAGAUCAACGUUGAAAAAAUUUGCCUGGAAGUCUCCAAACUGCUGCUUUUCCCAAAUGAACGGCUGAUGUCUCUGGCAGCUCCAUUCCCCAUCACACCAAACUGCCAAGUCCAGUACCUGCCCCUGGCUGCUCCCAUGUACUCUGAGCAGGGAAUCAUCAUCUCCUUGCAAACAACUUUCCAAGUGGCAGGGACAGUGAUCCCGCUGCCAGUCAGCCCUGUGCCUUUCAGCAUGCCUGAGCCAGGGAGUUCCAGCUCUUCCCACCUCAUCCUGGCCUUCUCCAAGCACUCCUACACCAGCUUAUUCUCUGCCUUGGAAGAGGCUGGAGCCCUCAACGUGAGCCUCCUGAGCCCGCUGACCACUGCCACCCUGGCUGAGAGGAUCACUCAGAUGGGCUCCCUCUUCCAAGAGGACCUACCAGUGGUGCUUCAAGCUGUGACCCGGAGCUCCCCUCACGUGGUGCUGGAGGAAGACAAAGCCAUCGUGAAGCUUUUCCUGACUGCCCAGAUUGGAACAGGAUCAUCCCUUUUCCAGAGCUUCCUGAGUGUGAACGUGGAUGUGACUGCCAGGCUCCAGCUCAGCGUUGCCGACACGAGGAUGAUCAUCUCUGUGGCAGACAUAGAGGAUGUCGAGCUCAGCCUGGCCACCUCAGAUGUGGGUCCUAUACUGGCUGCCUUGCUGGAGGAGUUGUUCCUGCCCACAAUCCGUGAGGAGGUGCCAGCCCAGAUAAAUGUGGUCCUGAGACAAGGUGUUUCCCUGCCCCACAUUGCCGGUUUCACUUACAGAGAUGUCAACAUCACAAUUCACAAGGAUUAUGUCUUGAUCCCCUGCAACCUCCAGCUAGAGCCGAGGAAUGGAGAGACAAGCACCUGGGUGUGAAGUCCAGCGUCUGGAGUAAAACAGUGGCAGAAUCAUUCAGUUGACUCACAUCGUGCUCCGUGGUUUGCCACUGCUUGAAAUGUUGAAAAUCUUCUUUCUUGCCUUACUAAAACAUCAUGGUUUUAUAUACUGGAUAAUGGUGCUGCACUAGCACCUUUCUCUUCCAGCCCUGCUCCUGGUAGUUUUUUUGCACAGAGAAUGUAUUGUAACAACAUUCUGCGCUUUAAUUAAAUAUUGCUCUUUAAUUCUGCA